AUCAAGUUUGAAUGGCAGUAAGAAAAUGGACACUGUUGAUCUUCGAAGUGAUACUUUAACAAAACCAACUAAGAGAAUGAGGGAAGCAAUGUUUAAUGCUGAAGUUGGUGAUGAUGUUUUUCUUGAAGAUCCAACAGUUAAAAUAUUAGAAGAAAAAGCAGCUGAAAUGGUUGGUAUGGAAGCAGCAAUAUUUGUGUCCUGUGGAUCUAUGGGAAAUUUGAUUGCUAUUAUGAAUCAUUGUGACACCCGAGGCUGUGAAGCAUACUGUGGUUCUGGUUCACAUUGUUUAUUACAUGAACAGUGUGGUGCUGCCCAACUUGGAGGAGUAAAUCUUCGACCAUUACAAAACAAUUCUGAUGGCACAUUCAAUCUGUGUGAACUUGAAUCUAAACUUCGAAAGGAUAGAGAUCACGAGCCAAUUUCAAAGUUGGUAAUAAUAGAAAAUACAACAGAUGGAAAAAUUGUCCCACAAAGUUGGAUCGAAGAAUUAGUGAUCUUUUGUAAGAAAUAUAAUUUGAAGUUGCAUAUGGAUGGAGCAAGAUUAUGGAACGCGAGCGUAGGAUCUGGAAAAUCUGCUAAGGAUAUCGUUACGGGUUGUGAUUCUGUGACUUUUUGCCUCAGCAAAGGAUUAGGUGCUCCCGUAGGUUCUGUCCUCUGUGGUAAUAAAGAAUUUGUGAUUAAAGCAAGAAGAGUAAGGAAGGUAUUAGGUGGUGGAAUGAGGCAGGUUGGUAUUCUUGCCGCAGCUGGACUCGUAGCUCUUGAAGACACGAUUCCAAUUUUGAAAUACGAUCAUAAGAGAGCCUUUCUCCUCGCUUCUUCAAUAAAUGAAAUUCAAUCGUCGGUAUUCUCUGUUGAUUUAACUGCCGUGCAAACGAAUAUGGUUUUUGUUGAAGUUAAUACCAACGUUACUACCGCAAGAAUGUUUGCUAAUCGCUUACGAGAAAUUCACAAUGACACCGAAGAAGAUACAAUUAUUGUUAAAUGUUUGGCUUUAAACGAUUCGAUCGUCAGGUUUGUACUUUACCAUGAAAUUACAGAUGCUCAAAUAGAGUUAGCAAUUCGAAAGAUUAAAUAUGUUAUUUCAAAAUUCAACUCCAAAAAUUGA